UUAACGUUUGUAUUGUUUUAAAAUCAGCUGUCAUAAAGUUUAAAGAUUUAAUUUCAUUUGUUUUACACAUUAAUUAAUCUACCGCUGACUGAUAUCGAUGUUAAAAUGAAUUCUUCCGAUAAUGAAAGCUUAGACGAUGAAAUUAAGGAGUUAUUAGAAAAUUAUAAAUUCAAAAAGGCAACUAUAUAUGAACCAUGUACACUGAAGAACUUUAAAGAAUGUUUAAUCGGACUGAACGAGGAAUUCAACCUGUUAAAUAUAGAUUACGUUUUCAACCCACACACAGAUGUUGAGAAUGAUACUUUAAGUCCAGAGGCCCUUGUAAAACUAAUAAAUUCAGUUUGGACACUGUUGCAUCACUUUAAGAAUGUUGUGGAUAAAGUUGAGGGCUUGGAAGAGCAAAACCACAUUCUCGAAAAUAACAACAAACACAUAAAUGACACAAUUGAAAGAUUAAAUGUGAAGUUAAGCACUGAAAAGAAUGAAUCAAGAGCAUGUGUUGCAUCUGCUCAGCGGGCUUCAGAUCAGUCUAGUGAAAUAUAUCAAAAGCUAUUGGACACAAAGAUGAAAUUGAAUCAGUUAACUAAACAAAAAGAGACUAAUGAGAAAUGCUUGCAGAACAAAAUAGCAAGACUAAAGCUUGAAAACAAUAAGAUUUUAGAUAGACUAAGGAAUAAAUCAGACAACUUCACUCCUUGCACUGAUAUUUGUGACUCAACACUCAUGCAGCUAAAAGACCGUGAACGAAAACAAAGAGCAUUAAUAGCUCAGCUACAAGCAAAUAAUCAAGAUUUACUAAGAGAAGUGUUGGCUCUCAAGGAGGAGCUCAUACUUGAAGGAAUUGGAGGUGUGACAAUGAAAUAGCUUGAAACAAAUCCGUAACAGCCUGUGAAUGUCCCACUGCUGGGCUAAAGGCCUCCUCUCCCUUUUUGAGGAUAAGGUUUGGAGCUUAUUCCAUUGAAACAAAACCAAAUAAUAAUAGCACAAGUAUUAAUUGUCUCAUUAACUGAUCUCUUAAAAUAUUAAAAUGUAGAUUUCUAAUUAUAACUUAAUUUUUGUACUGACUGAUGGUUGUGUUAACAUUAAAAAAUACUGUAAAAAUUGU